AUGCCAAACAUCAUUAUGGUUUAUGUCAUGCUUGUUGGGAUCACAUUGGUUAUUCCUAGUUCAAACGAAACAUUAGGAGUAUUGAUACUAAAAUCUCCCGGAUUUUUCCCACAAGCUUAUUGGUAUUGGAUUGGAGUUGGAGCUUUGAUUGGUUAUGUUUUUCUAUUUAACUUUUUUUUCGCCUUGGCUUUGCAUUAUCUCAGUCCAUUCAGAAAGGAUCAAGCAGGUUUGUCCCAAGAGAAAUUGCAAGAGAGAAAUGCUUCAACAGCUGAUUUUGAUGAUAAAUCCGAUACAAUGAUGGACGAAGCAGUUGGCGAAAAUAAAGCUAGCAGUAUAGGAAGGAAAGGAAUGGUUCUUCCUUUUGAACCUCUAUCCCUCACUUUUGAUGAUAUCAGAUAUUCUGUUGACAUGCCACAGGAAAUGAAAAAUCAAGGAGUUUGCGAGGAUCGUCUCGAGCUUUUGAAGGGUAUCAGUGGUGCAUUUAGGCCUGGAGUACUAACAGCUUUAAUAGGCGUAAGUGGUGCGGGAAAGACUACUCUAAUGGAUGUUUUAGCUGGGAGAAAAACUAGUGGUUACAUUGAAGGAAGCAUCACAAUCUCUGGCUAUCCAAAGAACCAAAUGACAUUCGCACGCAUAUCAGGAUAUUGCGAACAAUUUGAUAUCCAUUCACCCAAUGUUACGAUUUAUGAAUCUUUGCUAUAUUCUGCAUGGCUUCGUUUAUCGCCUGAAGUCGAUCAUGCAACUAGAAAGAUGUUUAUUAAGGAAGUUAUGGAGCUAGUAGAACUUAAGUCAUUAAGAGAAGCACUUGUUGGAUAUCCUGGCGAGAACGGACUUUCAACCGAACAACAUAAGAGACUUACAAUUGCGGUUGAACUUGUGGCGAAUCCAUCAAUAAUAUUAAUGGAUGAGCCGACCUCCGGCUUUGAUGCUAGAGCAGCUGCUAUAGUAAUGAGAACAGUGAGGAACACCGUGGACACAGGACGUACCGUGGUUUGCACGAUCCAUCAGCCGAGUAUCGACAUUUUUGACGCGUUUGAUGAGCUUCUACUUCUGAAAUCGGGUGGCGAGCAGAUAUAUGCUGGUCCAAUAGGCGCCCAAUGUUUCGAUCUAAUCGAGUACUUCGAGGCUAUUCAAGGAGUUCCUAAGAUCAAAGAUGGUUAUAAUCCUGCAACAUGGAUGUUGGAAGUUACAUCAGCAGGAUCAGAAGCAAAUCUUAAACUCAACUUCACUGAUGUGCACAAUAACUCAGAACUACACAGGAGAAAUAAACAGUUGAUUCAGCAGCUCAGUGCUCCUUCUCAAGAUUCAGAAGAUCUAUACUUUGAUGCUCAAUAUUCACAAACUUUUAUGGCACAAUGUAUAGCUUGUCUAUGA